CCAGGGCUGAGUUCAGCCACACUCACAAUGUUACUGACAGCAGGCUGUCAGACUCUCUGCUCCAUAAUCAACUGUCAAGAAGUGUCAGUUGGAUAAUAUAGCAUGUGAUAUUACACAACAGUGAAGACAUCGGAAUUAGCGAGGACUAAGACUGUUUGUGUGUUGCCACCCUGUACUGCAUCUGGCUGGUCACGUGAUGUGAUGGCGUGUCUUCUGCUGGGACUGGGUGUCCUGCUCUGUGCGGGGUGCGGGACUUCAGCAAUAAAAUAAAAUGGAUCUCAGAUCGGUUUGCCAGCGCUCGCCCAUCACGUGCAGUAAAUGACUCAUUGGCUGAAGGCUCGGUACAAAUGGUAUUUAAGAAAGUGAGUCCCGACGAUCACCUGUGUGAGACUGUGGCACCUCCUACGACAUAUGGUGGUUAACAUGUUGACAACAAUGAUUUUACUCUUCAUACUUCUUUCUAUGGCCUCUUGUCUUGAAGCCUUCAACAAAGGAAGUGUCCCCAAAGCACAAGCCAUGCUACAGUUACAAGGCAUGGACUACUCGCUGUUCGGCUACAACAGUCUCAAGGGAUGCCCUCUGACCUCAGGACGUGACCCGGGCUUUACUCUCCCAAUCUUUUCUGGUGAGUUUCACGUGACCCCAGACUUUCGCUAUAGCGUGCCACGUGGCGUGCUUCUGUCCCACGAUGUGUCAUGUGUCACGUCGUUUACGUCGAAGGUGGUGGAGACGCCGUACGACCUGACCACGCUGCUGACUGGCACCGCGCGACUCGGUGCUGAUAAGUGGGGGCCUCCCUUCUCGGCCAGCAAACACUUUCACAAACUGUCCGAGGAACUGAGAAAACACGUCUUAGUCGUUACGACAGCUGUCUGCAGUUUGUACGACCUGACACUUCUGCUCUCGGAACCGCCAUCUUUUCAUUUGUCGUUUGCGGACUGGAUGAUUAAACUCAACAACACUGAUGACGAGGACAAGUAUCUUGAGUUCCUUGACACCUACGGCACACACUUCGUGUCACGGGCCCGCUUUGGGGCUUCCAGAACGGUCAUCUACAAGAUGGACGAUAACGUUUACAGACUUCUAACAGAGGAUCACGUGACGUCAGCUGCCAGCUAUUCUGCUCCUGCGCUUUUUGGACACCAUGAGGAUCUUGACCUCCUAUCAGCAAAAAGCAACAGCAGAGUUUCGAAAUCACGGGACAACAACGUUUGAUGUCGGUGUUCCUCUACCUGAUGGCGGUAACAGCGCGAAGUGGUUCACAGCAGCGAAAGAUAACCCCUCUGUCAUCGACUAUGACUUGAC